AGAUUUAACGUGUCUAGCAAAUUUGUCGGCGCGAAAUCGAGUUCCUCUGUCGAUCAGUUUAGACCUGAAGGUCACACCACACCUAAUGAAAAAAGCGAUUCAGCCGGCCGGAGCACUACCAAUGAAAGCGCCCCUGAUUGUCAAGCCCAAAGCCUGCGUUGGCUGUCGCGCCCGAAAAGUAAAAUGCGACAGGGAAACACCCUGCGGCAACUGUAUUCGGUGGUCGGUGGCGUGCACGUAUCCGUCGCCAGUGAGGACCUGCAAUCGGCCAUCCAAAAAGCUGUUUCAAACGGAGCCAAAUCCACAAGAUGCGAUACGCACCCCCAGUCCCGAACUGUGGGACCUGGACAUAUCCAUCCGGAUAUGCAAGCCACCGGCGGUUUCCUCCCCUUCGCUGUCUCGAGCGCGAGCCUGCUGGCAGAUAUUUGUCGAGAGGGUGGAUCCGGUGGUGAAAGUAUUGCAUCGCACUAGCGCAGAAAGGGUCCUUGUGGCAUCGGUCUGUCAGCCGGAGUCACUGCGCAGCAGCGAAGAGGCUCUGGUCUAUGCGAUCUACUUUGCUAGUAUGGCAAGCAUGACGUCGGACGAAGUGCGGGAAUAUUUCCACGCAAACAAGGACACAGCCUUCACGGCCCAUGCUCACCUGGUAGAGCAGUCUCUGGCACGCGCAGCAUUUCUCCUUGACGAUGAACUUAGCACACUGCAAGCGCUUGUUCUGUUUCUCACCAUCAAUCGACUGUCCGGUAGGCCGAGCGUUGCAUGGAAGCUGACAGGACUGGCAAAGCGGUCGGAAGUGUUUCGCAGAGCCAAUUUGACAAUCUUUGAACGGGAGAUGAGAGCCCGAUUGUGGUGGAACCUCUGGUAUCUAGAUCAUCGAGCAGUCAAGGAUCUCGGCGAAGAGGAUGUAUCCGACAAAGACACCUUUCCGGAAUCCCCAUUGAACAUCAACGACGCCGGCCUCGAUCCAGGCGCCACAGAGGCUCCAGCUCCCCGAGAAGGCUGGACCGAAGUGACAUUUUCUCUUGUACGCUUCGACAUCGCACGAACUCGACGCCAGCUGCAAAGUCAGCACGACAUAAAACAAAGCGAGCGUCUCAUACAAGCAUGCGAGACCAGGAUCCACUCGCAGUAUCUGAGACACAGCACCAACAACGAACCGAUCCAGUGGCUAACGCAGCAUGUGGCGCACGUCCUCAUAAUGGAGAUGUGGUUUGAGCUUUACAGCGCCGAUACUGUUCCCAUCAGCAGUUGGUCUCAGAAUGUCCAGGACCGCCUUUUUCUGCUCGCAAUCGACAUUGUCGACGUUUCUGCGCGCUUGAAAGCCGAGCCCCACGCACAGCAAUGGAGCUGGCUACUUACAGGGUAUCAACAGUAUCGCCCCCUGGCCUUCUUGUUGAACGAGCUGUGCUAUCGACAGGAAUGUGAAGCGGUGGAUCACGCGUGGAAAGUCGUCGAAGACGCGGUCACGCGAUGGCCGGAUCAGGUGCGCGCUUCCGUCAGUGCGAAGAUCCUGGCGGGCCUCAGGCAGAGGGCCAGGAGAGUCCAGUUGCAAAUCACGCAGCGCCAGAUUUCGGGAGAUGAUCAGAUAGAUUCUAUUUAAGGAAGCUCUAGAUGAUUAAACCCUGGUGGAUGGGGCGCUUGGCCAGUUAUAUUAAAGUCUAUAUAAGCAAGUGGC